CAUAACCUCCUAGCAUUCUACAUUUCUACUUGCAAGUGUUGUGACUAUUUGUGACUACUACUAUCCUUUACUCCCAAAAACUCCGAAUUGUACCGUUUUUCCCACAAAACCCUCCUCCAACUCCAUCCCCAUCUUCUUCUACACUCUUCCACUCUCUCAAUAAACACACCUUCAAAUUUUCGCUCCUCUGCAGUUUUCUCUCUCCUCUUCUCUGUAAGUCUCCAAAACCCACACUAUAUAUUAUAAACUGAAUUAUUCAUGGUCCAUUUUCAUCUUCCUCAUUUUCUCUCUCCUCUACUUUCCAGGCUUUUCUCUCUCCUCUCCUUCAUCAAUGGAUGACGCCGCCGCCACCACCACCACCUCUGCCACCACUCCCGCCGCCGCCGACGACGCCAAAGACAUUGAGAACCUCUACGAGUAUGGCGAGCGUCUUAAUGAAGCUAAAGACAAGUCUCAGAAUGUGAAGGAUUACGAGGGGAUAAUUAAGGCUGCGAAAGGUAGUUCGAAGGCGAAACAAUUGGCUGCUCAGCUUAUUCCGAGGUUUUUUAAACACUUCCCUGACCUUUCGAGUAGUGCCGUCGAUGCUCAUCUUGAUUUGUGUGAAGAAGAGGACCUCGGGGUUCGUGUACAAGCUAUAAGGGGUCUUCCUCUUUUCUGCAAGGAUACACCAGAAUAUGUCUCUAAGAUCGUGGACAUUCUUGCUCAAUUGCUCAUGGCUGAGGAGAACGUGGAAAGGGAUGCAGUUCAGAAAGCCCUGAUGUCUCUUCUGAGGCAAGAUGUGAAAGCAUCAUUAUCUGCGUUGUUUAAGCAUAUUGAGAGCAUAGAAGAGAGUACUGAUGAAAAUAUUCGGGAGAAGGUCUUGGCCUUUAUAAGAGACAAGGUUUUUCCUCUCAAAGCUGAACUUCUGAAGCCACAAGAGCAAAUGGAAAGACAUAUAACUGAUUUAGUUAAAAAGAGUCUGCGAGACGUAACUGGUGCUGAAUUUAAGAUGUUCAUAGACUUCUUAAAGAGUUUGAACCUAUUUGGCGAUAAAGCUUCUCCUGAGCGCGUCCAAGAACUCAUUGAAAUUAUAGAAAGCCAAGCUGAUCUGGAUGCACAAUUUGAUGUCCUAGAUGUAGAUCAUAUUAACAGGCUUAUAUCAUGCCAAUACAUAGCCAUUCCCUUUUUCAUGCGGGGUGCAUCAAAUAGCAAUUUCCUCAAUUAUGUGAACAAACAUAUAAUUCCAGUUUUUGAAAAGCUUCCAGAGGAACGAAAGCUAGAUCUGCUCAAAAAUCUAGCUGAAAGUUCUCCAUAUACCACACCACAGGAUGCACGGCUGAUCCUUCCUUCUAUUGUUCAGCUUUUAAAGAAGUACAUGCCUCGAAAGAGGACUGGGGAAGAGAUGAACUUCACUUAUGUUGAGUGCUUAUUGUACACGUUUCAUCAUUUGGCUUCAAAGGCUCCCAAUGCUUCCAACAGCUUAUGUGGUUACAAAAUUGUAACUGGCCAACCAUCAGAUAGGAUUGGCGAGGACUUCUCAGAAUACUAUAAAGACUUCACUGAGAGGUUGAGUUGUGUUGAGGAGCUCUCUAGGGCUACCAUGAAAAAGUUAACUCAGGGUAUGGAUGAGCAAAACAAGAGGAUGGCAUCUGCUUCUAAUGAAGUUAAAGACAAGAUUAAAACUGAAAAACAAAAUGCUACAACCGGAUUGAAGACCUGCAACAACAUUCUGGCUAUGACUCAGCCACUGCAUAAAAAUUCACCUUCAUUUAUUGGUGACAAGAGGAUCAACUUAUCAUGGAAAGAACCAGUAAAAUCAGCUGUUCCUUCAGUUGCUGCUAAUGCUGGGGUAAAACGGCCUGCUGGUGCUGCUGUUAAUGGCUCCAACAGCAAUGCAGCCAAAAAAGGUCGUGGAGCUGGAGGAUUUCAGAACCAGCUUGUUAACAGGGCAUUAGAUGGUAUUUCCCACGGAGGGAGAGGAGGAGGUGGUGGUAGAGGGGGCAGGGGAAGAGGAGGCUGGGGUGGACGCGGUAGAGGGAGGGGCUACAGGUAAAAUUCCCCGGUUUCAGUUUCUUUUGAUAAUUGACGUGCAAUUGGAAAGGAAGAAUAGUUGGUUGGAACUCUGAUAGCUAUAUACAAGGAACGCGGCUGUGCCAUAGAAUGUACCAUAACUGCUCUUGACUGGCAAAUGACAAAAGUUUCAUUUAGGGAAGGCGGUUGAGCUGAUGUUUAGCAUGUACUUUAGUAGGGUUGGGAUUUACUUUAUUACAUUCUUAACUUAAACAUUUGUUUAAUUUGAGACAUUUUUUUUGGUCCAUAUUUUUUAUCAUUCCGCAGGGGGAUUGUAUUUUCUAGCUGGCCUUCAUGAAGUGCCCCUUCUUUGACGUAAUUAUCCAUAGUUUGUGGGAUUUGGCUUUUGUUUUGCUUA